AUGCAAAACACACCUGGAGCCGAUCAUCCAGAAGAACCUGAUCUUCCAGAAGUUACAGAAGAAGAUAUUAAGACCUUUGGGUGUUGGGAGACAUCAAAUUUAAAAAAUGGGGUUUUAUUUUGCUUGUGCGAGGAAACAUACAAGAAUAAUCUUGGAUAUCCUUUGGCCAAUGCUUUGGCAAAUGCAGUUCAAGAAAAAUUCCCUGAUGAUGCUCUUGGAGCAUUAGUUCGACAUAAAAUUUGGCGAGGAGAUCGAGACGAAAAAAGAUACAUCAUUGAGUUUGCUUUUGAUAGUGAUAUACCAAGAAGUAUUCUGAAAAAUGAAGGGAUUCAAGCGAAAAACAAGAUAAGGUUUCCUCUAUUUACGCAUCCAUUCGUGCAUAGAUUUCGCCGAUUCAGAAUCACUCAACUACCAAUCAUCAGGAAAGAUACUUUGAAGACUCACAUAAAAAGAUUCAUGGGACCAUUCGGGAAUGUUAUCUUUGUAAAAUUUGAAGAUGGACCUAUCGGUGAAUUAUUUGGAGGCAACGCAUGGAUCAUGUUAUACAUCCACACACUUGACAAGAAAGAACCAAACAUUAUACCUAACUAUAUAGUCUACUCGGAUGAUGAAGGAAAAGAAGUAUAUCUUCAAAUUAUCAAGAACUUCGGAUGCCGGGUAUCGAAAACCCAAAAGAACGGUGUUGUAUUCUGCACAUGUAAUUCCUGGCCAAAGAAAAGGCAAAUUGCGAAAGAAAUCAAAUCCAAAUUUCCCGAGAAUAUUCUUGGAGUAUUGGAGCAAAACAUGAACCUUAAUAGCCCGUCAGCCAACCAAAACUCUUGUCUUGAAUUUGCCUUUAAUUCUGAUAUGCCUAGAGCUCAUCUAAGAAGAACUGGGAUAAAGGUUAAAUUUUCCACUAUUUUCCCUCUGUUUACACGUCCGCAUAUACACAUAUUUCAUGAAGUUCAAAUAACUGGAUUACCUCUUAUCGAAAGAGAUACCUUGAAAAGACACAUAACACAGUUUAUGAAAGAAUACGGAAAAGUUUCUCAUAUAAGAUAUUACGAUGAAUAUAAAAGUGAUCUAUUCGAAGGCAGAGCAUUAAUUAUAGUGUAUAUCAAUGAAACUGAUGGGAAGAAACUCGAUGAUUUACUUGAAGAAAUAAUCUACUCAGAUGAUGAAGGAAAAAAUAUUUCAGUAGAAGUAAAGAAAACACUUUAUAAAAUAUGA